GGGUGCGCUGUGCCCGAGUUAAGAGUCCUCAGCCUUCCCUGCACAGAGUCCUGGGCAGCCUGGUCUAGAGGAAGACAUCUCUGCUCACUGCAGGGGGCUGGACUGAACGACCUUUAGAGGCCCCUUCCAGCCCGACUGCUCCGUGAUUCCGGGAGGCCAGAGGAGCCAGACUCCUGAGACUCCACCGCUGCUCUGACAGUAACACGCACGGCCCUGGGUUAUCGUGCUGGCAUCUUCCCCAGGCAAACAGCUAAAGGUCGCCGUUGUUUUCAGCCUGCCACUCGUUUUUCAGUUCUGUGCCGGGGACAAUGUCACUGAUGACUACGACUCCAACAGCACCAUUGACUACAGCAUGUUUGAGUCCCUGUGUGAGAAGGAGGAGGUCCGUAUCUUCCGUGCCACCUUCCUCCCGACCAUGUACAGCCUCAUCUGCUUCAUGGGGCUGCUGGGGAACGGGCUGGUGAUGCUCACCUACAUCUACUUCAAGAGGCUGAAGACCAUGACAGACAUCUACUUGCUGAACCUGGCUGUGGCAGACAUCCUCUUCCUGCUGACCCUUCCCUUCUGGGCCACCAGCGCAGCCACAAACUGGCUUUUUGGGAGCUUUGCCUGCAAAGCCGUCUACUGCAUCUGCAAAAUGAGUUUCUUCAGCGGGAUGCUGCUCCUCCUGUCCAUCAGCAUCGACAGGUACUUCGCCAUCGUCCAGGCUGCCUCGGCCCAUCGCCUGCGUCCCCGGAUGAUAUUCAUCAGCAAGGUGACCUGCAUUCUCAUCUGGCUCCUGGCCUUCAUCCUCUCGAUCCCUGAGCUGGUCCACAGUGGCCUCAACAACUCGGGGAGCAGUCCCCGUUGUUCCAUCAUCGCUAAUGACUUGCAGACCUUCAACACUGGCAUCAAAGUGUCCCAAAUGGUGUUUGGCUUCUUAAUUCCCCUCCUGGUCAUGUCCUUCUGCUACCUCAUCAUCAUCAGAACAUUACUCCAGGCCCGCAACUUCGAGAAGAACAAAGCCAUCAAGGUCAUCAUCGCCGUGGUCAUCGUCUUCAUCGUCUUCCAGCUGCCCUACAACGGCGUCAUGCUGGCCAAGACCAUCUCAGCCUUCAACCAGACCAGCUCGUGCGAGGAGAGCAAGAAGCUGGACGUGGCGGAUGAUGUGACCUACACCCUGGCCUGCUUCCGAUGCUGCCUCAACCCCUUCCUCUACGCCUUCAUCGGCGUCAAAUUCCGCACCGACCUCUUCAAGCUGCUGAAGGAGCUGGGCUGCCUGAGCCAGGAGCGCCUCUGGCAGCUCACCUCCUGCCGCGACAACAAGAGGUCCUCCUUCGCCAUGGAGACAGAGACAACCACCACCUUCUCCCCGUGAGACGAGCUCCAGGCGCGCUUUGGUCGAGCUGAAAUGGUUUUGGAUGUUUUCUCUAGUCUGAACUCCUGGCAGAGCAAGACCUGCCACACUGCAGAGAAGUCGAGGGGAAAAUCCAGAAGCCUCCCCCUAUUUUGAGCAGUGAGGACUGCUGGCCAAUAUCUCACGGGUGGAGAGACUUUACAACAGAGUUGUCACUAAUAGCAAAGCAAGGGAGAGGUGGUGAGUCCACAAUUUCUCCUGUCAUUUCACCUUCAGCUUAGUCGUUCCCUGUCAAAAUGAGAAAUGCUCAGAAUAGAACAUUUACCCUAAAAGCGACAAGUACCGAGAGGAAACAGAGCAGCAGGGCUGUCAUUUGGGGCUGAGCUGCCGGGAGCAUCACCCUGCUUUGAUGUUGCUUUUAACAAGACUGCAGCUCAGCAAUCCCACAGAAAUGCCCUUGCACUGAGUCAGUCCAAGGCCACUCCGCAGCUGCAGCCCUGGGCUCGAUCCAACACAGAGCCCCAGCUGUGGAGCAUCCGAGCACACGCCUGCUCUGCCUUCCCCCAUGAAAACUGAGAGAUGACCACAGCUAAUGAGAAAUCCAUACAAACUCCAGCCGUCAUUUCAAUUACUUUGUGUAAUAUUGUAGCCACUCGUAGCUCUGCCAGGUAAAGUACAAAUUCCACUUUACUCCUGCCUGUAUCCCGUUUCUGGGCUAUCACCUGCUGACCUUGAGAUAAAUACGAAUGUGGGUUUUCUCCUCCCUUCCCAGUCCUUCUAGCAGGACUUCAGCUGCCUUUGAAGUCAGAUCUGUAUUUCACUCAUAAGCUACUGGGGCGUGUUUAGCGUCGGUGCUGUCGGCACCAGGAAAGGCUCCGCUCUCUGAGGUUUGAUCUGAACACAGCCCCACCGCUGCCAGGGCCACGGCAGCUGAACAGCAGAUUACUGUCGUGGCAAGUCACACCUUGGAGGAGCUCAGACCGUAAUUCCAGCUGGCGCUUUUACGGGAAGAGCGAAGAUUCCUGAUGACAGGUGAACGCUCUGGGAACCGCUGUGGUGGGACACUGAAUGUCAGCUGGGAGGAGCUGCUGCACGCCCGGUGCAGCUGGCCCUGGCCCUGGCCCGUGUGCUCGGAUCCCACAGCACCCAGCUCUCCCAGAGCCAUAGCAGCGGAGAGAGGUCUCAGCCUGGAGCUGCUCCCGGGGCUGACAGGGGAGACAUGUCCAUGUUCCCCUGAACACACAGAGCCAUGAGCAGCAAAACACUCACUAAACAGACAUUUAUCCUUUCUUUCAACACACGGAUCCUUCAGCAGUGACACAGAGAACUCUCUGGUUCAUGGGUUGGAGAGCAGUGCUUUAGAGAAUUGAGGAUUAGAACCAUCCUUCCAAGGAAGGAUUCACCGGCUGGUCACUGCCAGUUAUUUACCUGGCUGCCACCAAAUCUAAAUAAAUUCUCCAUAAACCAUUCACCUCUGGUGUAUGGGAUUUUUGUCAAGGGCUGGGAUUUGGGAACAGAGGACAUUCUGCUCCUGUGUUCAGGUGUUGAACUCAUUUUCAUUUACAAUGCCCAGGUAACUGUACAGAAGUGUCACAUGAAACAGAGGGUCACAACUGACACUGAACAGUUAUUUGCCCUCGCUUUCCUUCUCAUCCUUAUCUGGGCAAGACACAGCUAUCAUGAUCUUGGCCAGAGCCAGGGACACCCCCAGCACGGGAUCUUUGCAGUUUCUCUCAUCAGUAACAAUACAUUGUUAAUGUAUAUUCAAUAUGUAAAGCUGCUUUACACGAAGUUCAAUGUGUUCAUGAAUGUACCCCGAGAACACUCUGCUUCCAUGGAACCUUUUGAUGCAGAAUCCAUUCACCUUAUUCCAGCCAGGAAACUGCUCCACCAGCACAUGGAGCUUUUAUCUAUUUGUGUCCUGUAAAUAAAAGCCAUUCCCCUCCUGGGAAUGAA